GGAGGGUGGCGCGGCGGCAGAGCGGCCCGGGCCGGCAGAGCAGCCAUGGGCGCCGGGGUGCCGGGCCCCCCGAGAGCCGAGGCCCCCGGCCGGGGUGGGGGACGCCCGGGCUGCCAGCCCCGCUGACACCGCCUCGGACGAUGUGAGCCCGCGCCUCCGCCGCUGCUUCACGGGCAGGGCGCGCGGUCCCACCGGCCCCGGCCGCCGCUUCUCUAAUUUGGGUGGGGGCGACCGUAGCAGGCCGCUCGGGCUCUGAAAGAGGGGCUGUCUGUGGCAGCUGGAUUGGGGGAGGCGACCCACACAGGGCGCUCGGAGAUUUUUUUUUCCUUUUUUUUUUUUUUUUUUAAGCGGGGUUAACUGUUUUUGGCAGCUUGGUUUUGGUUUGGGGGAGCCUAAAAAAGGCCUUCCGGGGUUUCUUUUCGGGGGGGAGGGGGCGGUGGUCCCGACUUGGCCAGCCGCCUGUUGGAGGGGGGGAGCGGGAAGCGAGGGGAUGCGCCCCCGUCUCCCCCCACCAUGAUGAAGACGGAGCCGCGGGGGCCCGGGGGUCCCCUCCGGAGCGCCUCCCCGCACCGCAGCGCCUACGAGGCGGGCAUCCAGGCACUGAAGCCGCCCGAAGCGCCCGGGCCCGACGAGGCGCCCAAGGCGGCCCACCACAAGAAAUAUGGCUCCAACGUCCACCGCAUCAAAAGUAUGUUCCUGCAGAUGGGCACGACGGCGGGGCCGCCGGGCGAGGCGGGCGGCGGCGCGGGCCCCACGGAGGCCCUGCGGGCGCCCGAGCGCGGCGUGCGCCUGUCGCUGCCGCGGGCCAGCAGCCUGAACGAGAACGUGGACCACAGCGCCCUGCUCAAGCUGGGCACCAGCGUGUCGGAGCGCGUGAGCCGCUUCGACUCCAAGCCCGCGCCCUCGGCGCAGCCCGCGCCGCCGCCGCACCCGCCGUCCCGGCUGCAGGAGACGCGGAAGCUGUUCGAACGGAGCGUCCCAGCGACCGCGGGCAGCGACAAGGAGGCCGCGGCGCGGCGGCUGCUGAGGCAGGAGCGCGCCGGCCUGCAGGACCGGAAGCUGGACGUCGUGGUGCGCUUCAACGGCAGCACGGAGGCGCUGGACAAGCUGGACGCUGACGCCGUGUCGCCGACGGUCAGCCAGCUCAGCGCAGUCUUUGAGAAGGCCGACUCGAGGACCGGCCUCCACCGUGGACCCGGGCUCCCCAGGGCCGCGGCCGCCGGGGCUCCCCAGGUCAACUCGAAGCUGGUCAGUAAGCGGUCCCGGGUGUUCCAGCCGCCGCCGCCGCCGCCGCCGCCGCCCGCGCCGUCGGGGGAUGCGCCGGGCGAGAAGGAACGCGGCCCCGCAGGGCAGCAGCCUCCGCAGCACCGAGUGGCUCCUGCCCGGCCGCCCCCCAAGCCCCGGGAGGUGCGCAAGAUUAAGCCCGUGGAGGUGGAGGAGAGCGGGGAGUCGGAGGCCGAGGCGGCGCCCGGGGAGGUGAUUCAGGCGGAGGUGACGGUCCACGCGGCCCUGGAGAAUGGCAGCGCCUUGGCAACCACUGCCAGCCCCGCGCGCGAGGAGCAGAAGGCCCAGGCGGCCCCCGAGGAGGCCACGGCGACCGUGGCGGCGCCUGAGAGAGGGGUGGGCAAUGGCCGGGCCCCGGACGUGGCCCCCGAGGAGGCGGAUGAGUCCAAGAAGGAGGACUUUUCGGAGGCGGACUUGGUGGACGUGAGCGCCUACAGUGGGCUGGGGGAGGACUCUGGGGGCAGUGCCCUGGAGGAGGACGACGAAGAAGACGAGGAGGAUGGGGAGCCCCCCUAUGAGCCCGAGUCGGGGUGCGUGGAGAUCCCGGGGCUCUCGGAAGAAGAGGACCCGGCCCCGAGCCGGAAGAUCCAUUUCAGCACGGCGCCCAUCCAAGUGUUCAGCACCUACUCCAACGAGGACUACGACCGGCGCAACGAGGACGUGGACCCCAUGGCCGCCUCGGCUGAGUAUGAGCUGGAGAAGCGGGUAGAGAGGCUGGAGCUGUUCCCCGUGGAGCUGGAGAAGGACUCCGAGGGCCUGGGCAUCAGCAUCAUUGGCAUGGGGGCCGGGGCGGACAUGGGCCUGGAGAAGCUGGGCAUCUUCGUGAAGACGGUGACCGAGGGUGGUGCGGCCCACCGGGACGGCAGGAUCCAAGUGAAUGAUCUCCUGGUGGAGGUGGACGGCACGAGUCUGGUUGGAGUGACCCAGAGCUUCGCAGCCUCCGUGCUCCGGAAUACCAAGGGUCGCGUGCGGUUUAUGAUUGGCCGGGAGCGUCCAGGCGAGCAGAGCGAGGUGGCCCAGCUAAUUCAACAGACCCUGGAACAGGAGCGAUGGCAGCGGGAGAUGAUGGAGCAGAGAUACGCCCAGUACGGGGAGGACGACGAGGAGACAGGAGAAUAUGCUACCGAUGAAGAUGAGGAGCUGAGUCCCACGUUCCCGGGUGGUGAGAUGGCCAUUGAGGUGUUUGAGCUGGCGGAAAACGAAGAUGCCUUGUCCCCUGUGGACAUGGAGCCCGAGAAGCUGGUGCACAAGUUCAAGGAGCUCCAGAUCAAGCAUGCCGUGACUGAGGCAGAGAUCCAGCAGCUGAAAAGGAAGCUGCAGAGCCUAGAGCAGGAGAAGGGGCGGUGGCGGGUGGAAAAGGCCCAGCUGGAGCAGAGCGUGGAGGAGAACAAGGAGCGCAUGGAAAAGCUGGAGGGCUACUGGGGCGAGGCCCAGAGCCUGUGCCAAGCUGUGGACGAGCACCUGCGGGAGACCCAGGCCCAGUACCAGGCCCUGGAGCGCAAGUACAGCAAGGCCAAGCGCCUCAUCAAGGACUACCAGCAGAAGGAGAUCGAGUUCCUGAAAAAGGAGACCGCACAGCGGCGGGUUUUGGAAGAGUCAGAGCUGGCUAGGAAGGAGGAGAUGGACAAGCUCCUGGAUAAGAUCUCAGAACUGGAAGGAAACCUGCAAACACUGAGGAAUUCCAAUUCUACUUAACAGGAAUCAUUCCUUGACCGGACAAUAAUUAAUCCCCUCCUGUUGUCCUCCCUCCCCUGUCCUCAAUACUUCACCCCGCCCCCUACCAGCCUGGGGACAGGUGCCCCGACUUCCCCACCCUCCACCCCACCUCCCCCAGCUUCAGGGACCAGAGGGCCUGGGCAGACAGAGGUGGCUGGAAGGACGGCCUCCUUCUUGCCCUAUGGGGCUGAGGCACAGAGGCCAAGGGAUGUGAGGG